UUGAGCCAAUCGAAGCUGCGAAGGGGGCGUGCCGCUGGCGUUCCCCACCCCCGGGUGUGUGAGCGCCCAAGGUCUCGAGCCCUCCCCUGCGCUUUAGCCUCAGUGCGGAGCCCUAGGCGGUGUGAGGAGGAUCGAUCGCGAGGAUCCUUGGGCGCAGCAGUAGCAGCAGCAGCAGCAGUAGUACCUGCAUCCGCUGCGGGAGUCGGAGCUGGAAACACACCCACGUCGCUGCCCUUUCCUCUUCUGUCAUCUCACCGCCCCGCCACAGACCGCGUUCCGGGAGGAAAGCGGCCGCCCACGCCCGGAGCAUCCUCCCCUGUCCAGGGGGCGCUGACUGACCCGGAGGCAUGAUGCGGCUGCGAGGCUCGGCGAUGCUGCGGGACCUGCUCUUGCGGUCGCCCGCAGGCGUCUGCGGGACUCUGAGGCGGGCACAGCCCCUGGUCACCCUGUGCCGGCGUCCCCGGGGCGGGGGACGGCCGGCUGCGGGCCCGGCGGCCGCCGCGCGACUCCACCCGUGGUGGGGCGGGGGCGGCUGGCAGGCGGGGUCCCUCGCGCGGGGCCUGUCCAGCUCUCCCUCGGAGAUCUUGCAGGAGCUGGGCAAGGGGAGCACGCAGCCGCAGCCCGGGGUGUCGCCACCCGCUGCCCCGGCGGCGCCCGGCCCCAAGGACGGCCCCGGGGAGACUGACGCGUUUGGCAACAGCGAGAGCAAAGAGGUGGUGGCCUCAGGUGAAAAGUGAGUGUCUCCGCGAGGCGCCGGAGGCCUCGUUCCGCUCUGGGCCCGGGCUCGGGGGAGUGGGGGGACCUGCUGUGGGGCGGGAUGGGAGCCGAGGUCUUAGAAAAGAGAAAGAAAGAGAUGCCGGGCGGCUGCGCCAUGUGAUUAGGCCCGGCCCCGCCCGCGCCUUCCCCGCCUGCGCCCCUCUGCCAGGCCCCCACUUCCCUUCUCCGCCCCCGGCGGGGGUUGCCCGGGUGGAGCAGUGGUGGGGCCUGAGGGGCUCGCCUGGCGUCCCCAGUGCAGGAGAGGCCGCUGCCUUGCCUGCGCCGCGUGCUCUGCUCCCUGGCUCGCGGCUGCAACGCCUGGCUGCCUGCCCUAGCCAUUCGUGGGCGAUGCCGCACGAACAUCUCCACCGUGUGGCAUUUAGGAGUCUGGCGUUCACCAGAGCCUUUACCUUCCUGACUUGUCGCCUUUCCUGGCUCUUUUCCGCUCUGCCUGCCCUCCCCUGGUCUCUGCCAUCAUCCUGUUGGAAGCCAGAUAUGACAGAGAUCUUUAUAUUUCUGGAGUGGCCAUCUCAGGCACGUGUAGAGCCAUCUGGGGCACCGGAAACAGUGUUUCAGAAGUGAGAUUAGGAGGAAUAGGGUCAUGUGGCCGAAAGAUGGGGCACGCAGUAUAUAGACCACCUGUUUGCAUUGAGGACCAGCUUUGGCCUCUUAUGUCUUCCAUGAGAUGGAGAGAUUUUUAGAAAUAAAAGUUAAAGAGCCGAGAUGAAAUGUGACAUAAUACAUUAACUCAGUGAAAAAUUUGAGUUAAGUAGGUUUUGUGACUUCAUUGUGAUAGGAUGUUGACUCAUCCUGUAUGUGUACAGCACAGUAGUUUAGUCUUAAAGCAAAAUUGGUUUUUCUUAAACAAUAUGCAAAACAAUCUCCUAAAUAUUUUUUGUCUUCUGCAAUACAAAUGGACAACUUUGUUUUCCCAAAAUGGGUAAAACUUACCUGUUUGCUUUCAUUAUACCUUACUAUUUUUCUGGCUUUGUAUGCUGACACUCUGUAACCUGUUCUGCUUCCCUUUUAUUUCUGCUGCUAUUUCCAGCUCUAGCGUUCCUUAAGUCAAACCGAAAGUGAGAACGUUCUUACAAUUUCAAUCUCACGUUUGCUUGAUAUUUUCCUGUAACUGAAGUUGGGAGCUUCCAAAAACUUUACUAAAGUUCUUCUCCCAGACUGAAGAAGAUUAUUUGAAAAAAAUCACUUGAUGGGCGAAAUUUGUGGCAUUGUGUGAUAUUGGUUGUGCCACAAAAUAACGUCCUGACCAUGGGCAGGUUAUUUAAUAUCUUGGGUUAGAUAGCUUAAAUCCUUUCAAGCUCUAAAAAGCUAAAAUCUUGUUAAAUAUGUACUUUUCUCAUGUUUUAGGGACUAGAAUGAUAUUUAGUCUCAUCUGGGACUUACUUUACUUUAACAUUAUCUGGUUUACCAUACAAGUGCCCAAGUUACAGAAUUGCAAAAUGCAGUCACUACCAUUUAAGAGUUAACGUUAUGGAACUGCUUUCUAGUAAAAUUAUGUCUUCAGGUCUGUGUCUCUGCAGUGGCUCUAGUGCCUCUCUUUUUUUCCUCUUUUGUCAGAUAGGAAAUUGAGCUGCUUUUGUGAUUCACUUGUCCAGAAGUUUCUGGUUUCAUUGCCUUCUUAAUAAGAAGUCACCUUUUAGCAAUGGCCUCAAGGUUGUGAAGAAAGUAUGUUAAUUUGGUUAAAGUUUCUAUUUCCUGAAUGAUCUCUUUCCAAAUGUAGCUUUUCUCCUUUGGCUCCUUCCAUUUUGCCUUUUUGUGACAAACAUUUCUCUUAUCCUGGGACAUAAGCUCCCAGUUGAUCCUGUUAUCCUUUCUAAUGCUUAGCCUCCAAAGCAUAGGUCAUCCCUCAAUCAGCAGUCCACUUGGUAUGCUAGCACUCACUCAGGACUGUGCUAGAUUUUAUGUAGUAUUAUUAAAAUAAAUAACCAUGUGAAAAUUAAAUUAAUUGACAUUUU